CUAGAGUAAAAUUUUUUAUGUAAGUUUUCUAAAAUGUGUUUGGACUUUUUAGAAAGCUCGAAUUAAGUUUUGAGAGCUCUUUCAGAAGAAUUCUUUUUUAGUUCAAUUUAGUUUAAAAACAACUAGCUCAAGCGAUUUGACCACCAACCUCGCUGCUGCUAAAUGUCAGUUUAUGGGAACCAUUCAAUUUUGGAUCUGAGCUCCAGUUUAGUUCCGAACUUGGAUGUAGAAGAGGUGGAUGAUAGCUGGAAGGAGUCUUUCUAUGAACCACUUCCAGACUGGGUGCACAAUGUAAUAGGAGUCCUUUUGGUCAUCAACAUAUAUCUUGGGUUCCAUGGCAACGGCAUCACUAUCCACAUAUUCCUCUCAACCAAGUCCUUGCGCACCCCUCAGAACUUGUUUCUAGUUAAUCUGGCGGUGGUGGAUUUUAUCAUGGUGAUGGCAUGUCAGCCUGAAUUCUGCAUCUCAAGUUUCCUCAGAUACCAUCCAUUUGGCUCUUGCUACAUAUUUGGUACCGUGGCCACUUUCGGUGGUCUGUGUUCCAUCAACUCUAUGGCGGCUAUUGCUUAUGACAGAUACAUAAUGAUCUGCUCUCCUCCUGAGAAGAUGACCACGCCCACCAUGAAGAGAUCUCUCAGUAUAAUUGCCUGUGUGUGGGCAUACAAUCUCAUAUUCGCCAUUCUGCCCAAUGUGGGUAUAGGUGGUUUCUAUCUGAAUGGAUGCGGAACCUGCUGCACUUUUGACUUCAUCUCGCGCAGCUGGUACAAUCGUGCUAACCUGUUCCUGAUGUACGUGUUUGGGUUUCUGUUUCCACUCAUUAUAUGCAUCUACUGCUACCUGCAAGUGUUCCUCACAGUCAAAGGCAGUGGAGCUGCAAACAAAAACGAUGCGAAGGGGCACAGCAAAGGAAAAGAGGUCCUGGUUGCGAAAGUUUCGAUGGUCUGCAUUGGCGUGUAUGUCCUCACCUGGCUGCCCUAUGCCACUCUUGGCUUGUCUGGUCAGUUUGUGGAACCACAACAUCUCAAACCCUAUGUGACCACCUGGCCUGCUCUGAUUGCAAAAACAAACUGCAUCUACAACCCAAUCAUAUAUGCUUUGGGACAUCCCAGCUUCAAAAAAGAAUUGAAGCGACGAUUGACUGGACCAUAAGCAAACAUUCCAGCCACGAAUAAACCACAAAUCACUGUGCCCAAUGAACGCUUUCACAUCUCACGAAAUUGCCCGAGUAACCAUCUCACUAUUUCUCAAUUCCCGAACGAAAAAUAUCUAAAUUUGCAAGAAACUUAAAUUCUCGACAAAUAAAUUUAGCAAAACC